AUGCCAGAUGUAGCGCAACGCACAGGUCUCUACGACCUCCCAAACGAGCUCCUCCUCCACAUCCUAACCCCCUUCCCAACCCUCGACCUCCUCGCCCUAACCACCCUCUCGCACCGGAUCCACGCCCUAAUCCUGCGCAUCCUGCACAAUCGGCUGCUCCUAGCCGCAAACCUACACGACCACACCCUGCUGCUAGAAUGCUACCACCCAAGCGCCAAACUCACCGAGCCGCCUCUCUUCUGCACCUACCUCGGGACGCCCGGCCUCGAUGAUGUGCCUGAGGCCUGCCUUUCCCCCGGCAGCAGCAAUGAAGGCCUCGGCGGCGGCGGCGGCGGCAGCAGCAGCAGCAGCAACGGCCCCCUCACCACCCCCCUCGCCACAAUGCGCAGCCUCUACUCAACAUUCCGCCCGCACCAUCGCUCCCCCGCCCUCUCAACCCGUCGGCAUCCCGCAGGCGACAUUCCCGGCUCCCGCACGCAUCCCUCAUCCUCCGCCUCACAAGCGCGGCACCGCAAGACGGGCGACGGCAGCUCGGCCGAGGAGCUCGUGCGCCAGCUCGUGUCGCUAGACUCGCAUGAGCUGUUCACGCAGCUGUGCGCGCAGAUCCAUCUUGUGAGGGUCGGGCCGCGGAAUGGGCUUUUCAGGUGCUUUGUUGAGGUUGAGGAGGGGGUUGUUCGGGUUUGGAGGGGGUGGUUGGGGGAGAGGGCUUGUGCGGGUGGGAAGGAGAUGUUGGGGGCGAAGGGGAAGCAGAGGGAUGAUGGGGUGGUGGAGGUGCGGGUGGAGAAGGAGGGGAUUCUGUGGGUGAAGCCGGGGGAGAACGUUGGACUGAGAUUCAGGGUUAGGGAGAGGGUGUUUAGGAGGGAGGGGCCGGUGCUGCUUAGGAUGGACGAGGAGGUUGCUGUAACGUAUGAGAUUGAGUAUGAAGAACUUCUCGUUCGGACGUCACAUCUACUCCUCAGCCUCGAGAAGUCUCUCAUCCAGAUGGACAACACCUCUGGUAAGGCCGUCGUGUUCGGAUCCUUCGGCUGA